UUUUCCUUCCAAGAUAAGGGAUGGGGCGCAUCACUUGCUAAUAGAUUAGCUAGAAAAUGUGACGUCUUCAAUCGUGGACUCUCUGGCUACAAUACUAGGUGGGCUAAAAUUGUUCUUCCAAGAUUAAUCAACCAAGACCAUAAUGCUGAAAACAUCCUGGCGGUAACUGUCUUCUUCGGGGCAAAUGACAGCGCUUUGAAAGAUGAGAACCCGAGGCAGCACGUUCCACUGGAGGAAUAUGCUGACAAUUUGAAAAGUAUGAUAAGCUACCUCAACUCUGUGGACAUAUCCAAACGGGACAUUAUAUUAGUGACCCCACCACCCCUCCAUGAAGCUAGUUGGGAAAAAGAGUGUGUGGCUAAAGGUGAAAAAUUAAAUCGGCUAAAUUCUGUCACGGGAGAAUACGCGAAGGCUUGUGUGAAAGUAGCUGAAGAAUGUGGCGCUGACGUCAUCGACCUGUGGACACUUAUGCAAAAAGGAGACCAGGACUUCGGCUGUUACCUGUCAGAUGGACUCCAUUUAUCAGAAAAAGGAAAUACUUUUCUAGCAAACCAGCUUUGGACACUCCUAGAAAAAAAACUGUCCAGCCUUCCUCGAUUGCUUCCGUACUGGCAUGAUGUAGAUCAUCUCUGCCCUGAAGCUACUUUCCUGGGCAUCCCCACUGCUAAGAAGCAAUAAAAAGAAUAACAUCCAUAGGUUUUGUAGAUACAAAAUAAAAUCUCCUCUUUUUUUCCCCCACAA